AUGUCUCUUCUAAAGUUUGCUCGUAACAAUACGAAACAUGUAUUUAAUAUGCACAAUGACACUCAAGCUAUAUUCAUUUCCAGCAGAAAAUUAAGCUUAGUACCUUCUUUUUACGAUCAAGAAAAUCCAGCACCAAAGUUUUUUUCCUCUGGAGUUCAAACUUUACUAAAAAGGCUGACGAGACCCGACUUCGCAAAAGUGUUUCGUAAAAGAGCCAAUACCAACUAUCCUGUGUUAAAAACUCCUAUUUACAAGUUUUUAACCGAUGAAGAAUUAAACGUGGAGCGAGAGAACGCAAAUAAAAGUGCUGACCGAUUACUACAAAUGCCCCCAGCUGUAAAGGUCAACGAACCAACAAAUGACGUAUUAUCAAAGGACCCUGCCUUAGUUGGGUAUGACAAUUCAACAUACAUGUUCACAGAUAUUACUUUUGGCAUUGACAAUGCACAUAGAAUUAUAGUUCAAAGAAGUCCAGAUGGUACCCUACAAAGCUGUGAUUAUGAAACAAGAAAAAGGCUUAAUCAGAUAUAUUUUCCAAUGCAGGGUCGUAAGUUAAGGGAACCAAAAGUAUUUUCGGAGACAGAAAAGUUUAACAGUCUCUUGGAUAGGGAGCAAUAUGAAUAUAUAUUGGACAGAGCGUGUGUCCAGUAUGAGCCAGAUGAGAGAAAAUACCAAGAGCUGACCAGCAUAACAUAUCAACAUCUAGAUAUGCAUAGCAAGUUUAAUUUGCUGAGGUCAACACGCCACUUUGGUCCCAUGGCCUUCUACCUUACAUGGCAUAAAAGUAUAGAUAGGCUCAUGCUGGAACUAAUCCAGAAUGGUACUGUGCGAGAAGCCGUAUUGCUUGUGGCCCUACGCCAGGCUAUUCAUGCUGACCUCACAAAUGAAGACACCUGCAACACUUUAGUUUCACAGAUAUUACCAAGACCAAUCCAGCAAACAAAACCUGAUGUCCUCUCCGAAGAAGAUAUUGCACUGGACACAAAAUGCACUGAAUGCGUAGACACCUAUAUCAAUACAAACUCCACUAUGAAGAGUCAGCAAGCACUAGCAUUGCAGGGCUUUAGAGAAUAUUACCAGCAGAUGGUGGAUAUUAGUCGCGGUUUGAAGAAGGCUCAUGGAAAUGUUUAA